AUCGAUGAGCCAUCAAUGGAAACUUUCCCAUCCCUUCGCGAUUAAUCCUUUUCUUGGCUGCUGGACAAAUCCCAUUCCUUGCUCUCUUCUUCCUCUUCUUCUAUUGCUUUGUAUUUUUCACUUUGCACACUUUCUUGUUAGUGUUGGACCGAGUGAGGUGCUCGAGGGUAGGAAAUGGCACCGCCGGUGAUCGACGGGGAGUACUUGAAGGAGAUUGAAAGGGCCCGGAGGGAUUUGAGGGCGCUUAUCUCUAGCAAGAACUGCGCUCCUAUCAUGCUUCGACUCGCGUGGCAUGAUGCUGGAACUUAUGAUAAGACAACAAAGACAGGUGGCCCCAAUGGGUCUAUUAGGUUUGAGGAAGAGUACAGUCAUGGAUCCAAUGCUGGCUUAAAAAUAGCCAUAGAUCUCUUGGAGCCGAUAAAGACAAAACAUCCAAAGAUUACAUAUGCAGACCUUUAUCAGUUAGCUGGAGUUGUUGCUGUUGAGGUUACUGGAGGACCAACUAUUAACUUUGUCCCAGGGAGAAGGGAUUCCUCCAUUUGUCCAAAUGAAGGACGUCUUCCCGAUGCAAAGAAAGGUUCACAGCAUCUGAGGGAUGUAUUCUACCGGAUGGGGCUAACAGACAAGGAUAUUGUCGCUCUAUCUGGCGGCCACACUCUGGGGAGGGCUCACCCCGAGAGGUCAGGAUUUGAAGGUGCUUGGACAAAUGAGCCCCUCAAGUUUGACAAUUCUUAUUUUGUAGAACUGCUGAAAGGGGAAUCAGCGGGGCUACUGAAGCUUCCCACUGACAAGGUCUUGGUUGAAGAUCCAGCUUUCCGUCCUUACGUUGAGCUAUAUGCAAAGGAUGAAGAAGCUUUCUUCAAGGAUUAUGCUGAAUCACACAAGAAACUUUCGGAACUAGGCUUCACUCCACCAUCAAUUGCAAAGGGUACAAAAAGUGAAGUGAAGACGAGUACGGUAUUGGCGCAGAGUGCAGUUGGAGUCGCUGUCGCCGCUGCAGUGGUCAUCUUAAGCUAUGUUUACGAGAUCUCGAGGAAGAAAUAAAGUCUGCAUUCAGUGCUUAGUGUCAAUAUUCUGAAUCACAUGCAAGUAAAUCUAAGAUACAAUUAUGGGAGAUUGUGUGGAAUGUAUUUUAUCUAUAUAAAUUAUGCAUAAUAGAAGGGAUAAUUAUAUGGAUAUAA